UCCGAGAGAGAGUCUGAGUAGCCACAGUUGUCUCUGUUCCUACAUUCCACCAAAAAAAAACUGACAGCCUUCAUCACGUCUUGAUUUUUCGAGAAAAAUAACAGUUACACCUUGUUCUCUAAUAAAAUAAGAACAGCGUAUAACUCACAUUUUCUUCGAAAUAUCAAACUACUCGGAAUAAACUGUGUAACAGUAUUUUUAUCGACCGAACAACUGAUAGAUCUUUUCAAUGGGAGUGCGCGUUCCAGUAUUAUUAUACAGUUCAGUGUUGUAGUAGAGGAUUAGUAACCAUACGUGCAAAGUGCUGUACAACGAUAUCGUAGAUUCAGAACAUUAUUGAAAUCGAUAAUCAAGAACUUUAAGCUCCGAAUUAAGGGAAACGCCUGUCUGGAAUAGACGGUUGCACGAUGGUUUCUCUUUUGAAAACUUCUGUACACUUCAGUAGCACAAAGCUCAAUGGAAGAUUACGCGGAUCGAGGAUUUGUGUCACCCAGAGACGUUCCAGGUGUUAUUCCCAGUCAACACUGCAGUUUCUCAAGAUUCGGACGAUUACGACUACAUUCAAAAAAGCCGUUUGCCAACGAUGCACUUUCAAGCCUCCUUGCCACGUUUGCCAAUACCGAAACUCGAAGAUUCCUGCAAAAAGUAUCUCAGAGCUCAGCAGCCAAUUUUAUCGGACGAAGAAUGGAAAGAAACGUCGAAAAAAAUGCAAGAAUUUCUCAGCAGCGAUGGACCGCAAUUGCAAAAGAAAUUAGUCGACCACGAUUCGAGAAACAAACACACGAGCUACGUCAGCGAACCUUGGUUCCACAUGUACCUUAAAGAUCGAAAACCCGUACCAAUCAAUUACAAUCCCAUGUUGGUUUACGAUCAAGAAAUCGAUCCUCGCUACAACGACCAACUCGUGAGAGCCACCAACCUCGUCGUGUCCUCAGCCAGAUUCAUGAAGUCUCUGAGAGACAGAGUUUUAGAGCCUGAACUUUAUCACAUGAAUCCCAAAAAAUCGGACACUGAAUUCUUUCGGAAUUUCACGAGGAUUUUACCUCCCAGCAUCUCAUGGUACGGAGCAUACCUUCUGAAGGUUUUCCCCUUGGACAUGUCUCAGUAUCCAAAUCUUUUUGGGACUGCGAGAAUCCCAGAAAUAGGAAAAGACAGAUUGCUGAAUAAUCCUAAGCCUCGUCACAUAGUUGUCAUGCGAAAAGGUCACUUUUAUUCGGUGGACAUUUUAAACGAAAAUGAAAAAGUUCGACCGGCAAGAGAAAUAGCAACGAGUUUGAAAGCCGUUUUAUCAGAUGAGAGAUCAGCCAACGCCUGUCCAAUCGGUUCCUUGACAACGUUGGAUCGUGACGAGUGGGCAAAAAAUCGCCGCGAAUUAUCGACGCUUGGAAACAAGAAAAUUUUCGAUAAAAUCGACUCCGCAGCGUUUGUACUGAUACUCGAUGACGAAAUCGUCAACGACGAUUAUCAUCGAAUAUUGAGAACGUAUUUGCAUGCCGACGGCACCAACAGAUGGUUUGACAAAUCUUUCUCGUUGAUUGUCACGAAGGACGGCGUCGCUGGAAUCAAUUUCGAACACUCUUGGGGCGAUGGGGUUGCUGUUUUACGAUAUUUCCAGGAUAUAAAGAAGGACGUAGAAAAAAAGGCGCGACUGCAUCCGGACGAGAUAGCGACUCUCCCAGUAGAUUCCUCCACAAUAACAAAACUUGAUUUCACGGUUGAUUCUGCAAUGAAAAAAACUGUUGACGAAGCGAUCGAUCGAUACAAAAAAUGGACGGAUCGGCUGUGCGUGGAUUACCUGAUAUACGAUGGUUUCGGAAAAAAAGAGUGUAAAGAAAUCGGCGUGAGUCCAGACGCUGUAAUGCAAGUUGCUUUUCAAUUGGCACUUUAUAAAUUGGAGGCUCGUUCCGUAGCGACGUACGAGUCGUGCAGCACAUCAGCGUUCAAACACGGUCGUACCGAGACUGUAAGGUCGUGCACCAAUGAAACCAAGGCAUUAUGCUUAGCUAUAAUCGAGCAGGAAAAGUCGGGAGUUUCGAUGGAUCACUUGAAAAAAUUAAUGCUGGCUUGCAGCGAAGCUCAUGGAAAUCUUGUCAAGGAAGCUGCUAUGGGUCAGGGAUUCGAUAGGCAUUUGUUCGCACUGAAGGAUUUAUGGGACAAAUCUAAUAGCUCGGGAGGUUCCCUGCCAGCGAUAUUCAAGGAUCCGGCUUACGCAAAACUCAAUCACAAUAUAUUGUCAACUUCGACGCUUUCGAGUCCUCAAGUGAGAGCCGGCGGUUUUGGCCCGGUCGUUGAAGACGGUUAUGGAAUCGGUUACGUGAUCCAAAACCACCGACUGGGUUCGGUCGUUACGAGUUACAAGCCACAUCGCCACGCGGAAGAAUACGUGAAAAGUUUAAGCUCCGCGGUGAAAGAUCUUCACGCCAUUUUGAAGAGUUAAUGAUAUCUAAUGUUUUACGGUAUACCACCGACGUAUAUACACAUAUAUAUAUAUAUAAUUAGAUGCUUUUUUUAUACAUACAAAUACUUUUUAUAGUUCGUUUACGGACCUAUUUACUAAAAAACAAAUGUUAACGAUGCGAGAGCCGGCCCUCGUGCAUCAAUUAUUGGCUCCAGCUCAAUAUAAUUCAUGGGGAACCACAAAGACCGGCUUUCAAAAAUAAACGGGAAUUUUAAACCCUUUGAGAAAUUAUAUUUUUUAUAAGAGCCAAAAAAAGGAACAUUUUUACGGUUGAUGGAGAAUCAAUAUUCUGUUAUCUCUCUCUGUAUACGUUUGGAAUCGUCAUGCAAUAUAGAAAACAAAAUUGUUAAUCAGUGCAAUAAAAUGACAAUAAAACUUGGAGAUCGAGAAUAAA